AUGGUUUUCCUACCUCGACCUGGAUCUCUUUCACCUAGUAUCGAGUCCUCGGAUUCGGAAUGCGAGGAUAUUGUUCAUGUUACGUGUUCGAGAUGUUUGUGUGAUAACUGGAGUGACGAACCGUGCGACUGUAAAGCAUGUUCGCAUUGUGCCUUAGAAACGCCGGUAGAAUUGUGCGGUGUAACACAUGUGCCAUUAAUAUUGCCCAAAUUUCACUUUUUCCGAUUUAGCAGCAGGUACGGUUUAUCAACAAACUUUAAUUUUUAGGUCGAAUAGGUAGUAAUCACAAACAUACAGUGCUGUUAUUAUAAACGCUGCAGUAAUUUUUAUACAAUCUUUUUCUACUUUACGCUUACUAUUAGGUUGUUCAACUAACUCUGCACCCCUACACUCCAGGCCCUUUGUCUUAUAAAACCAAUUUCAAUGAUCUCUUUAAAAAACUUGAUUUAUAAAAUGGCAAUCUGGUAAUACACUAGAUUACCAUUCUACAAAUCUCUUUCGAUAGUCACGUAUCUCGCAACUUUUUAAUUAAUUUCGUUAAUUUCCUAGUUAUCACAAAACUAUAAAAUCCCGAAAUCUUUCGAAUUAAUAUCCCGUGGAUUAGCCACGUGACUUCACGUCUAAGCUAAACUACAAUAAUUCGUAAAUUUUGAAAAAAAAAUAUUAAUGCAAUAUAAAAAAUUUCUAUAGCUAUAUUCCAAAACUCUUUUGUCUUCCCCCUCCCCGGCCACUGUCUUCGUUGAAUACAUUUUCCGCUUUGGAUUUGUUGAUGAAAUGUCAGAUAACAUAUUAGCGAAUGUUAAGCCGGCUCAGCCGUGUUCACAUUACAAUGUGAUAAUAUUGCGGAUUGGUUUUUAUCUUACCGUGGAUUGGUUUUUAUGUUACUGAGGCUUAGUUUUUCUAUUACUGAGGAUUGAUUUUUAUAGGAUUGGUUUUUGGGGAUAAUCCGACGGGAUGAGAGGCGGAUUCUGACGCCGCUGCGUGGCUGUGUUGUAUCGUGUUUUGGGUGUGGGUAUGGUUCGGUAAAUAAAAGGAUUAGUGUCGGAUUUACAAAGUAUUGACGAAGGGGAUUGAACGGGCACAAAAAUGUCACAAACUAAUUACACCCAAACAAUAGUGUAAAGGAAAUUUAAAAAGAUUUGAAGAUUUUUGAUAAAAAAUAUUUUAAAAUGAUUUUAUAGAAAUUUUGAGCUUUUUAAACAAUUUUCAAAAAAAAAACUCGGAUUUCAGGUUAUACGGCGUAGUACUGACCUCAGGACCAAUAAGAAAAGAUGUUGACCUCAAGACGCUUAGAGCCUUUGCCAUUACGAUAGAAUUAAUUGGGGAUCGAAUAAAGAUAAAUACUGUGUCAUUCGACCGUAAAGAUCAACCAGUUUUUGUAAAGUUCUAUGAACGAGAAUGUCGUGUUUCUGUGGAUGUUUACGAUGGGUUUUAUCAGGUAGGGUAAAUGAUAAAUUUUUAAGAUUUUGCUUUUUGUAUUUACUGCACAAUAACUUUUUAAAAUUGUACAGUAAACUCCUGUAUAACGUGCUUCUCUGUAAAGUAUAACAAUUUCCGUAUAGCGGUCAGCUUUUAAGUCUUUGUCUAUCACUACACAGUGCAUUAACAUAAAAGUUUAUUAGUCAUCAUCGAUUGAAAACGUUAAUUGCAUUUUAAUCUUUUAUCUUAUUAUAGGCUUAGCCAUUUUUUGCUUUUGUUUUUAUUAUAACACCAAAUUUUAGCUAACAAUAAACGGCAAGCCAAUACUUCAACGACCAUAUUAUGUUCCACACCAAACGUGCUCCUGUGGUUUAUCACCGUUAGUAUGUAACUUAGCUUCGGAAGAAGAAUGUUCGGACGUCGAAUUUCAAUGUGAAUUAGAACAAUUACUAGCCGAGUUAUCGGAUGAUGAUGUGGAAGUAAUGAGGCUUAUACGAAGUCGGUACUAUCGAUAA